AUGAAGUUUGCUUCAGCCUGCUCCACACUGCUCGGAUCCCUUGUCGUCUUGGUCGCGAAUCCAGCCAACCUCGUCAGCGCAGAGUGCUCCGACGUCCACGUCGUCUUCGCCCGCGGCAGUGGUGAGAUGCAAGGACUCGGCAUCUGUGGUGAGCCGCUGGUCAGUGGCAUCACCUCCAACCUCGGCGGCAAAAGCGUCUCGUCCUACGCUGUCAACUACAUGGCUUCGAUGGACCAGAGCAGCGCUGGACCCGGCGCCACCGACAUGACCAACCACGUCGUGUCCGUCGCUCAGGAGUGCCCCAACACGGUUUUCGUGCUCGGUGGCUACUCCCAGGGAGCCAGCGUCACGGACAUUGCCAUCGGCAUCAAGACGAUGCUUGGGUCUGGUGACACCAUCCCGGAAAACUUGGCGCCCCGCAUCAAGGCCGUCGUGACGUUCGGCAACCCGCUGAAGCUCAUGGGCCAGACGAUCGAGAGCUCCAGCCCCACGUACGGCCCCAAGGCCAUCGAGUUCUGCAACCAGGGCGACCCGGUCUGCGGCAACGGCUUCAACACCAUGGCGCACAUGACCUACCCGAUGGACAGCGUGUCGGGUGCUGCCGAAAAGGCGGCUGCGUUGGUUAAGGGCGGUGGCCGCAAGCUGCGUGCCUAA